AUGCAGAGGGCGGCAGCACAACCAGCGCCAGUGCCCAAGCCGGCAGCGGCGCCGGCGGCCGCUGGAGCACCGCCUCAGGGAGGAGGGCCGGGGGCGCAGCCUAUUUCGGGCAUCCCCAAUCUGGACCAGGCGGCCAUCAAUCUCAAUGUCGUGCGGGAACACGCCAAGCUUGAGCUCAUUCGCGUUCUCGACUCGGUGCCGGGCGGGAAGGGGCUGGUGCUUGACCCGAAGCUGUCGGGUCCGCUGGGCCUCAUCGCCGAGGUGUCGCUGCUCAAAGAGCACGGCGUGGAAAAGAUCUACCACCUCUCCGACCGUCUCGACACCGACUGCAAGAACAUCGUCUACCUCAUUCGACCUCGAAUCCAGUUCAUCCGCUUCAUCGGCGAACACAUCCAGAAUCACCAGAGAGACGACCAGCGAAAGAACUACUACAUCUUCUUCGUGCCUCGCCAGACCAUGCUUUGUGAAAGGCAUCUGGAGGAGGAGGGAGUGUACGGCGACGUCACGUUGGGCGAAUUCCAGCUCGACCUCAUCCCCUUCGAGAAGGACGUCCUCAGCCUUGAGAUGGAAGACUCCUUCCGAGAGUGCUUCCUGGACGGGGACCGUACGUCGCUGUUCUACGUGGCGCGGUCGAUCAUGAAGCUGCAGUCCACCUUCGGCAUCAUCCCGCACAUCAAGGGCAAGGGCUCCUGCGCCAAGGGCGUCGCGGAGAUGCUGCUGCGCAUGCGGCGGGAGAUGGGCGCCGACGAGCCCACCCAGAUCGUGCCGGAGAUCGACACGCUCAUCCUCAUCGACCGCCAGACCGACAUGGUCACCCCCAUGUGCACCCAGCUCACCUACGAAGGAUUGAUCGACGAGGUGUUUGGGAUCAACAACGGGUUGGUGGACCUGGACCCGGAGCUCGUGGGCAAGGCCGAAGAGGCGUCCAAGAAGGGCAUCAAGAAGAUCAAGACGCCCCUCAACUCCAACGACAAACUGUUUGCGUUCUUGCGGGACGUCAACUUCGGAGUGCUGGGUCCGCUGCUCAACAAGAAGGCCAAAGAAAUCGAUGAAUACUACAAGAAACGAUACGACUUCAAGACGGUAUCGGAAAUCCGCGACUUCAUGAAGGGCCUCGGCUCCUACCAAACGGAGCACCAAUCGCUGCGCACGCACACGAGCGUGGCCGAGCACAUCCUCAGGGUGACCAAGGGCUCCAACUUCCACAAGCAGCUCUCCGCCGAGCAGGACUUGCUGCUGGGAAACAACCCACCGAACGACUACAUCGAGGAGUGCAUCUCUCGUCAGGAGCCGCUCGUCAAGGUAUUGCGCCUGCUGGUGCUGUAUUCGAUGACCAACCAGGGCAUCAAGCAGAAGGAAUACGAAUUCUUCAAGACCGAAAUCCUCUCAGCCUACGGCUACGAAUACCUGUUCACGCUCAACAACCUGGAGCGGCUGGGGCUGAUCAAGAAGCAGGAGGGCAAGAAGACCUUCGAUGUGGUGCGAAACCGCCUCCGCCUCGUGGUGGAGAACAUCAACGAAGCCGAACCCAACGACAUCGCCUACGUCUACUCGGGCUGGCGGCAGAUGGUCGACGUGCUCAACACCCUGCCCGGUCCCAGCUUCGAGCAGGACCAGCAGCUGCCCGAGGGCGUCCUCCAAGUCGGAGGUGCGACCGGAGCGAGCAAGGUGCAUCUGGUGUUCUUCAUCGGAGGCGUCACCUUCACCGAGAUCGCCGCCAUCCGCUGGCUCUCGCAGCAAGACGACAAUCGUGAGUACAUCAUCGCCACGACGAAGCUCAUCAACGGCGACACCCUCCUGUCGAGUCUCAUGGAGAACAUCGAAGUGUUCCUCCCCGCAUGA